AUGGUGACCGCUACCGAGGAGCCCAAGGAGACGGCUCAGUCCCAUACGCCUCCUCAAGCCGCUACCGACGAUGCCCCCCCACCCGCUGAUGGCGGCCUCGACCUGUCUCUCAUGAAGAAAAAGAAGAAGAAGAAGGUGAAGAAGGAGGGCGGUGAGGAGGAUGACUUCGCUGCCAAGCUGAAGCAGCUGGAGGUCAAGGAUGCUGAGGAUGCUGCUGCCACUGCUGAGGAGGAGUCCGGUAAUAUGGAUGCCGGCACUGGUAUCUGGGCUCACGACGAGACCAAGACCAUCGGCUACAGCAUGCUCCUCCAGCGAUUCUUCCAUCAGCUGUCACAGAAGAACCCCGACCACACCCUCACCGGCACCAAGAGUUUCAAGAUCCCGCCCCCUCAGUGCAUGCGCGAAGGCAACAGGAAAACCGUCUUUGCCAACAUUGCCGAUAUCUGCAAGCGCAUGAAGCGAACCGAGGACCAUCUUACUGCUUAUCUGUUUGCCGAACUGGGAACAAACGGCUCUGUCGACGGAAAUAGGAGAUUAGUUAUCAAGGGCCGUUUCCAGCAAAAACAGAUCGAGGGUAUGGUCCGAAAGUAUAUUAUUGAAUAUGUCACCUGCAAGACCUGCAAAUCCCCCGAUACCGAGCUCAGCAAAGGUGAAAACCGUCUGUACUUCGUUACCUGCAACAACUGCGGUUCGCGACGUUCCGUCACUGCCAUUAAGACAGGUUUCUCUGCCCAGGUCGGUAAGAGAAAGAAGAUGCAGGGUUAA